CCGUGUGGACAAGAGGCCGAAAUGCGUCGCUUCCCCCUGCAGGUCGUCGCCGCUGUAACAGCCACCUUGGCGUACAUGACUUCGGGCAUGUUCACGGCGUGGAACGCGCCGGUGAUGCCGCGCCUGCAGCAGAACACGUCGCACAUCGUGCUGACGGCGGACCAGGCGUCGUGGAUCAGCUCGGUGGGUCCGCUCGUGGCGGUGGUCCCCAACUUCUUCACCGGCCCGCUCGUGGGGGCCAUGGGCAGCCGGAAGCUUCUGUUGGCCUCCGCGGUGCCCUUCUUCGUGGCAUCGCUCUGGCAGCGCUUCGCCACAUCCUUUGGUGAGCUGCUCGCCACCAUCGUCAUCUCGGGCUUCGGUAUCGGCAUUGUCAUCCCGGUGAGCCCGCAGUAUCUGGUGGAGAUUGCAGAGGAUCGCAUACGUGGACUCAUGGUCUCCAGUUGUAUGGUCAUGAUGGGUAUCGGCGGCAUCCUCAUGAGCAGCGUGGCACCCUACGUGGACUUUUUCACGCUGUGCGAGGUCAUGCUGGCGUUCCCAGUGCUGUUCGUGGUGACCUUCUGGUGGAUGCCCGAGAGCCCAUACUACCUGGUGGCGAAGGGCCGCACGGAGGAGGCGACGGAGGCGCUGAUGCGGCUGCGCGGGAAGGACCAUGCCAAGGAUGUGGAUGGCGAGCUGCAGCAGAUCCUGCGCUCUGCAGAGCAGCGCGACCAAAAGGGCGGCAGCGGCAUCGCAGAGGCGUUCCAGGAGCUGCGGAAAAGCUCUGCGGCGAGGAGGGCGCUGCUGGUGGCGCUCAUUUUCGCGGGGCUGAACAUCCUGUGCGGCAGCGCUGCGAUGGGCGUGAACGCGACACAGAUCUUCCUGUGGAGCGGCAGCUCCAUGGACUCGGACAUAUCCACCAUCAUCAUCAGCUGCAUCCAGGUGGUGUCGUCGAUGGCAGCGUCGCUGCUGGUCGACCGCGUGGGAAGGCGGCCGCUGCUGCUCAUGUCCUUCGUAGGGGCGUCCGUCUUCGUGAUCGCCGAGGGCGUCUAUUUCUACCUCAGGGAGCACUCUACGACUGACGUCACAGACGCUCUGGGCUGGCUCCCUCUUACCUGCCUCGUCUGCUUCUUUGUCACCUACAACCUGGGCGCCAACGCGCUCACGUGGACCGUGGUGAACGAGUUGGUGCCUUCCUCGAUACGUGGUCUCGCCAACUCGGCGGUGGCAGUCUGGACGGCACUGCUCACCUUCGCCUGCAUCAAACUCUUCCAGGUGGUCUCUUCUGCCCUCGGAACAUACGUUCCGUUCUGGUUCUUCGGAGCGUGCGCCAUUGGGGACUUCGUCUUCACUUUCUUCUUAAUUCCCGAGACGAAAGGCCGCACGCUGGAAGAAAUCAACGCCGAGAUGAGGGGCAAAGCUAUGGGGAACGUAACGACUGAUGGGGAGAAGCCUGGCCCCUGAUGUGUGUCCUGUAGGCAGUGUGUUACGAGAUCGUGUUCGUCGAUUUUCUGCAGGACCCAGUCCACCCUGUUAGGAGGCAGCUGAUUCUCUUGUCGAAGUGGAUUAAGCACGCUUCUUUUAAGAGGAAAGGGACUAUUGCUAAUGACUAGAUAUACUGUUUCCGACGAGGAUGCAGUAAUGUCUUUCCUGACUACCUCGAACAGUGCUUGCGUUGUGGAGUUCAUUGGGCAUCAAGCUCGAAAUAAUUUAGUCAAUUCGACAUAGCAGUUCAACUCUACAGCACAACAAGCUACUGACAAAAUGUACUCAU